AUCACGGGCUUGUAGGAAUAUAAUACAUACAAGAAAGGCUGGGCGGAGUCAACAUCUGAAGUUAGCGGGGUCUACUUGUCAGAACUCGGCGCGAUCUGAUUUGUGACGAAUUUGUCCAACGAACACAUGGCAUGGAUAUCUUUGUUCAACUAUACGAGUCUUUGCUCGUUUAUUGAUGCGUGGCACGGCUCAAAAGGAUCUGCUUAGAAAAACAAGAGCCUGACAGUGAUGUCUGGACGGUGGACUCAGUAGGCUCUGUGGUCUCACCCAACUCCAAUUUAAACGGCGCCAGUUGCUGCGGAGGAAGGGGAAGGAUGGAAGAGCGCUCCCGUCUUGCUCGUGAGCCAUCCGAGUCCUCAGAACAUGGAAGGAAGGGUCUGUUCGAUUCAGCUAGAAAUCUGGAAGGAAGACUUUCAGGAGGUAAUUCUUCAGCACCAGGAGCACCAGCAGCACCAGCAGCAGAAGCCGAGACAGUUCCUGGCGGAAGAAAGAAGAACUACAACAAGUAUGUUGUGUUUUGCACAUUGCUGGCUUCUCUCAACUCUAUACUGCUUGGAUAUGAUAUUGGUGUUAUGAGUGGUGCCUUGCUGUACAUUAAAGAUGACUUCAAGCUCAACAGCGUACAGCAGGAAAUACUGGUUGGUAUUCUCAACCUGGUGUCUCUCGUGGGUGGGCUCAUGGCUGGGAAGCUGGCCGAUGCGGUUGGAAGAAGGAAGACAAUGGCUACAGCCUCUGUGAUCUUCUUCGUCGGUGCCUUGCUCAUGGCAUUAUCUCCAUCGUACCCAGUGCUCAUGGGGGGACGAGUUCUAUCGGGAAUUGGGGUCGGCUUUGCUAUGAUCAUCGCUCCAGUGUACACGGCAGAACUCUCUCCUCCUGGAAGCAGGGGAUCCUUGGUGUCGUUUGCCGAAGUUUUUAUCAACACUGGGAUCCUGGUUGGCUACGUAGCGAACUUUGCACUCUCUCCGCUUCCCCAGUGGCUGGGAUGGAGGCUGAUGCUGGGACUCGGCGCCGUCCCUGCGGUGUUCCUGGCUUGCGCCGUGCUGGUGAUGCCCGAGUCUCCUCGCUGGCUGGUGAUGCAAGGCAGAGUCUCUCAAGCCAAGACCGUUCUCAUCAGAACUUGCGGCGGGAACAAGGGCGAGGCGGAGUCGAGGCUCACGGCGAUAGUAGAAUCACUGGGGGACGAGUACGAGGCAGAGAAACAAGAGGUCCGGGACGAGCACACCUCAAAGAUGGACCCUGAAGCCGAUCAGCAGGCGGAGCUGCGCAAGCUCCCGUCGGUGGCUUCGUCGACCACCGAGCAGAGGAAGCCGAUGCUUAAGCCAAAAAGAAAAAGAGGUAGCAACGUCUGGAAGCAGCUACUGCUACCAUCGGCGCCAGUGCGCAGGAUGCUACUGGUGUCACUGGGAAUUCACUUCUUCCAGCAGGCAUCCGGCGUGGACGCUCUCGUGUACUACAGCCCCACAGUGUUCGCACAGGCGGGGAUGAAGAGCAGGACGAGCGUGCUGGGCAUGACCAUCGCCGUCGGCCUGACGAAAACUCUCUUCAUCCUGGUGGCCACCAUCUAUCUCGACACCGUGGGACGCAGGCCGCUGCUCCUGGCCAGUGCCACCGGGAUGACCAUAUCGCUCACCACGGUAGCGGUGACGUUCCGCUUCCUUCACGUCGGUGCCAAGGUGAACAUGAGCGGCACACAGCACGCGUCAGUGGCGUUGGUGGUCAUCGCCAUGCUCGCCAUCUGCGGCUUCAUGGCGAGCUUCUCCAUUGGAUUCGGGCCGACGGUGUACGUGCUCACGUCGGAGAUCUUCCCGCUCACUCUCAGGGCCCGGGCGAUGAGCCUGUCCAUCGGGAUGAACAGGGGGAUCAGCGGGACCGUGGCGCUCACUUACUUGAGCCUGGCCGAAGCGCUCACCACGUCCGGGGCCUUCUUCGUCUACGCCUCCAUCGCGUUCGCGUCCAUCGUGUUUAUAUUCUUCGUGGUGCCCGAGACCAAAGGCAAGUCGCUGGAGGAGGUUUGUAAGUAUUUCGGGUGGCAGCCGGACGAGGGAGGUGGCGGCCAAGAGCUCAGAGAGGUUUAAACGUGGAAGAUAGCAUGCAAAGUAUAGUAGUAUGUGUAAUAGGCAAAAUGAAACAGAGUAGAUUUCUCCCCAAGAUUGAGUAACCAUACAUAAUUUAUUAGACUUGAAAUCUGAUAUAAUACAUAUGCCACAAGAAAUGUGAUACCA